AUGGUUUGUGACUCAAAGUUUUCGAAUUGGGUUCGAGACCAAGCUGCUCUUGUUGUUCUUGGUCUGGUUAAAUUCAGUAAGGAUGUUUUUGUGGGAUUGGUGUUGAUGGGUCCGAUUGUUAGAGCUUUAAUUCAAAUGGGAAAACGAGGUUGGCCUCAAUGUGUAUUGCAACUUGAUUGUCACAAUACACGCUUGCUAGUCUCGAAUGAUACACUUGAAGAUCUUGUAACACAUAUCGAAUCCAUGUGA